AUGGGUUCCAAACUGCAUGUGCGCGAUAUCAAGAGCGGCCCGCCGCUUCAUUACAAAGACGACGUGCGGGCUUAUAGCAAAGAAUACGCCCAGUCUUUGGAUAAGCAGGACCCUCUUCGGGACUUCCGAGACGAAUUCAUCAUUCCAUCCAAGAAGGAUCUCAAGAGGAAGACAUUGGCAGUGACUGAAGAGGAAAGCUUAUCUGAUCCACGGUGUAUAUACCUGUGCGGCAACUCCCUUGGUCUGCAGCCCAAAAAUACUCGAAAGUAUAUCGACCGGUACCUUCGAACAUGGGCCAUCAAGGGCGUGACCGGCCACUUCGUCCCUCAUGAAGACCAGCUGCUUCCUCCGUUCGUCGAUGUUGAUAGUGCAGGAUCUCAAUUUAUGGCGCCAGUUGUGGGUGCGUCGCCCAGUGAAGUUGCAGUCAUGGGAACUUUGACUGCAAACAUCCAUUUCCUGUUGGCAAGCUUCUAUCGCCCGACGAAGGAGAAGUACAAGAUUAUCAUGGAGGGCAAAGCAUUCCCAAGUGAUCAUUAUGCGGUCGAGUCUCAGAUCAGACAUCACAAUUUGGAGCCGAAGGAGGCAAUGGUCCUCAUUGAACCCAAGGACCCGGAUACUCCCAUUAUCACGACUGAACAAAUAAUGCAAAUCAUCGAUGAACACGCAUCCAGCGCAGCGCUUGUCCUCCUCCCAUCCAUCCAGUUCUACACGGGACAAUACUUUGAAAUGAAGAAAAUUACGGCGCACGCUCAUUCGCGGGGUCUCCUGAUCGGCUGGGACUGCGCGCAUUCUGUUGGUAACGUCGAUAUGAAACUUCACGACUGGGACGUGGACUUCGCGGCGUGGUGCAACUACAAAUACGUGAAUGGCGGACCUGGAGUUAUCGCAGGAUUGUUCGUCCACGAGAAGCAUGGGCGGGUUGAGCUCGAAAAGGCGAACGAUGACGAAGGAUCUUUCCGGCCCCGUUUGGCUGGCUGGUGGGGAGGAGACAAGCAGACCAGGUUUCUGAUGGAGAACAAGUUUGUCCCUCAACCGGGAGCGGCAGGAUACCAGGUUUCUAAUCCAUCCGUUCUGGAUCUGAACGCAGUGGUGGCUGGACUGGAAAUCUUCAACCGAACCUCCAUGGCUGAGCUCCGCAAGAAGUCCCUCCAUCUGACGGGCUACCUCGAACAUCUAUUGUUGAAAUAUCCUCUGGAUGCCUCGCCUGAGGAUAAGCCGUUCACAAUAAUCACCCCUUCGAACCCAGAAGAACGCGGCGCACAGCUCAGUCUGCGUCUGCAAGAGGGAUUGCUGGACCGGGUCCUCGAGAUCCUUGAAGAACACGGAGUGGUUGUCGAUGAAAGAAAGCCGGACGUGAUCCGCGUGGCACCAGCACCAUUGUACAAUACUUACUCUGAGGUUUGGGAGUUCUGUGAGAUCUUCCUGCAGGCUUGUCGCGAAGCGGUGAAAGCGAAGAAGUCAUAG